AUGAACUCUAUUGAUGAGAAGCCUCUUUCAUGGUUCAUCAGACUGAUUCAUGAUACUUGCAUUCAUUUGAAUAAAUCUAUGUUGCUCCUCUGCUUAUUCCACUCUAAUUCUACAAUGAGCUCUAUUGAUGAGAAGCCUCUUUCAUGGUUCAUCAGACUGAUUCAUGAUACUUGCAUUCAUUUGAAUAAAUCUAUGUUGCUCCUCUGCUUAUUCCACUCUAAUUCUACAAUGAGCUCUAUUGAUGAGAAGCCUCUUUCAUGGUUCAUCAGACUGAUUCAUGAUACUUGCAUUCAUUUGAAUAAAUCUAUGUUGCUCCUCUGCUUAUUCCACUCUAAUUCUACAAUGAGCUCUAUUGAUGAGAAGCCUCUUUCAUGGUUCAUCAGACUGAUUCAUGAUACUUGCAUUCAUUUGAAUAAAUCUAUGUUGCUCCUCUGCUUAUUCCACUCUCAUUCUACAAUGAGCUCUAUUGAUGAGAAGCCUCUUUCAUGGUUCAUCAGACUGAUUCAUGAUACUUGCAUUCAUUUGAAUAAAUCUAUGUUGCUUGCUGCUUAUUCCUCUGCUUAUGAGCUCUAUUGA